CACUGCAAUUUGAGAGUUGAAGAAGAAAUGAAUAUCUUCCUCUGCUUCUUUUGCAAAACCAAGGAAUAACUUCAGCUACAAGAUCCUCUUUUUCCCCUAUAUAUAUUAAGGACCGAUUGAGCCCUUAACACAUCAAACUAGCUAGGCUUCAGAUCCAUCUAUUGGAAUGGUUAAGCUAACAAUUGUUGGAAGGGUGAGUGAUGGGUUGCCUCUUGCACAAGGGCCCAUGCAUUUUCAUAAUAAAGAGAAUGAUAACUUGUUAAUGGUUAAGCAACAAGCAGAAUUCAUACUCCAAGAAAUCUCCAGAGGAGCCUUAGCACCCACCGAGAUGACAAUUCGCGUAGAUCAUCACUCCUUCAACUAUUUGGUCGCUAAUGGAGUCUGCUUCAUCACAUUAUGCGAUUCUUCGUAUCCAAGAAAGUUAGCUUUCCAUUUCUUGCAAGAUUUGCAAAUGGAGUUUGACAAACUUGAUACUGAUAAUAAUACCUUCCUACACAAAAUUACAAGACCUUACACUUUUCUCAAAUUUGAUGGGGUUAUUGGGAAUAUAAGGAAGCGAUAUGUGGAUACAAGAACACAGGCUAAUCUGUCAAAGCUUAAUGCAAAUCGACAAAAAGAUGUAGAUAUUGUUACUCAACACAUUUCUGAAAUCCUUGAAAGAAAACGAAAUUCAGAAAUGUCAGAAAGAAAAUUAAUGACUCCUCAUCAAACUGCCUCUUCUAUUUGGGGUUCCCCACUCCUUGAGGCGAUUGCACUGAAAUGGAUGCCCAUUACAAUUGUUGUUGUUGUUGUCACUGUUGUUCUGGUGUGGGCAAGGUUGAUGCUUACAGAAGACUUCAUCAUUUCAAGCUCAUGAAACAGCUUAAAACUGUAAUUUUUAAUUAGGAAAUGCUUCUAUAUAUAUAUAUAUAUAUGUAUCCUUGAUGUUAAGGAAGUCAUUUAGAUAGCUUUCAUUGUUUAGUUUCUUUAAGCAAUCAAUAAAAUUAUUA